UAUGGCUUCCUGCACCUGGUGACGGUUGAAGAAACGGUGUUAGGUCUCAUGGAGAAGACCCGGGGCGUCGAGGAAACUCCAUCUUCAGAACCCAUGGAGGAAGAGGAGGAAGAGGAAGACGACUUGGAGCUCUUUGGCGGCUAUGACAGUUUCCGGAGCUACAACAGCAGUGCGGGCAGCGAGAGCAGCUCCUAUCUGGAGGGGUCAAGUGAAGCAGAAAAUGAGGAUCGGGAAGCAGGGGAGCUGCCCACCUCUCCCCUGCAUUUGCUCAGUCCUGGGACUCCCCGCUCCUUGGACGGCAGUGGUUCUGAGCCAGCUGUCUGUGAGAUGUGUGGUAUCGUGGGUACAAGGGAAGCCUUCUUCUCCAAGACUAAGAGAUUCUGCAGUGUCUCCUGUUCCAGGAGCUACUCCUCCAACUCCAAGAAAGCCAGUAUCUUGGCCAGAUUACAGGGAAAACCACCUACCAAGAAAGCCAAAGUCCUGCACAAGGCGGCCUGGUCUGCCAAAAUUGGAGCCUUCCUCCACUCCCAGGGGACAGGACAGCUGGCAGAUGGGACGCCGACAGGGCAGGAUGCACUGGUCUUGGGUUUCGACUGGGGAAAGUUCCUGAAGGAUCACAGUUACAAAGCUGCUCCUGUCAGCUGUUUUAAACACGUCCCACUCUAUGACCAGUGGGAGGAUGUGAUGAAGGGGAUGAAGGUGGAGGUGCUCAAUAGCGACGCCGUGCUCCCCAGCCGGGUGUACUGGAUUGCCUCUGUCAUCCAGGCCGCGGGGUACCGGGUGCUGCUCCGGUACGAAGGCUUUGAGAAUGACGCCAGCCAUGACUUCUGGUGCAACCUGGGAACAGUGGAUGUCCACCCCAUUGGCUGGUGUGCCAUCAACAGCAAGAUCCUGGUGCCCCCACGCACCAUCCAUGCCAAGUUCACCGACUGGAAGGGGUACCUCAUGAAACGGUUGGUGGGCUCCAGGACGCUUCCUGUGGAUUUCCAUAUCAAGAUGGUAGAGAGCAUGAAGUACCCUUUUCGGCAAGGCAUGCGGCUGGAGGUGGUGGACAAGGCCCAGGUGUCACGGACCCGCAUGGCCGUGGUGGACACAGUAAUUGGGGGUCGCCUUCGGCUCCUGUAUGAGGAUGGCGACAGUGAUGACGACUUCUGGUGCCACAUGUGGAGUCCCCUGAUCCACCCAGUGGGUUGGUCACGGCGUGUUGGCCAUGGCAUCAAGCUUUCAGAGAGGCGCAGUGACAUGGCCCACCAUCCCACCUUCCGGAAAAUCUACUGUGAUGCUGUUCCUUACCUGUUCAAGAAGGUUCGAGCUGUCUACACGGAAGGCGGUUGGUUUGAGGAGGGGAUGAAACUGGAAGCCAUCGACCCCCUGAAUCUGGGCAACAUCUGCGUGGCAACCAUCUGCAAGGUUCUCCUGGAUGGCUACCUCAUGAUCUGUGUGGAUGGGGGGCCCUCCACGGAUGGCUCAGACUGGUUCUGUUACCAUGCCUCCUCCCACGCUAUCUUCCCAGCUACCUUCUGCCAAAAGAAUGACAUUGAGCUCACACCACCUAAAGGCUACGAGUCACACACCUUCAGCUGGGACACCUACUUGGAGAAGACCAAGUCAAAAGCAGCUCCAUCGAGACUCUUUAACAUGGACUGCCCCAACCACGGCUUCAAGGUGGGCAUGAAGCUGGAGGCCGUGGACCUGAUGGAACCCCGCCUCAUCUGCGUGGCCACAGUGAAGCGGGUGGUGCACAGGCUCCUCAGCAUCCACUUUGACGGCUGGGACAGCGAGUACGACCAGUGGGUGGACUGUGAGUCCCCGGACAUCUACCCCGUCGGCUGGUGUGAGCUCACCGGCUACCAGCUCCAGCCGCCCGUGGCCGCAGAGCCGAGCACACCUCUGAAGGCCAAAGAGGCUACGAAGAAGAAAAAGAAACAGUUUGGGAAGAAAAGGAAAAGAAUACCACCGACCAAGACCCGGCCCCUCAGACAGGGGUCCAAGAAGCCCCUGCUGGAGGACGACCCGCAGGCCGCUGAGAAGAGCUCGUCGGAGGCGGUUCCUGAAGAGAUCAUUGCUGUGCGUGUGAAGGAAGAGCAUCUAGACAUGGCCACAGCUGACAAAGCCCCGAGUCCAGAGCUGCCUGUUCCCAUCGAGAACAUCAAACAGGAGACAGACGACUGAGCCUUCCCCACUGCCAGCCCGGGGCUUCUCUGUUGCCACCGCCCCUCACCCCACUUUAGUUGGGAGAAUGAGCCUUCUUUGCAUAAGUUCUGCCAUGUGCCGUGAAGGCCGGGCCCCCAAGGACCUGGAUCCUCCUGACUGGCACUGCCUGAGGCCUGCACGUUUGUCUCUGAGCGUCUCCUCCAGCUAGAGUUCCCGAAGCUCUCACAGUAACCCCCCCCCCACACACACCCACCACACCCCUCAGCUGCCAGGGUACGGGGGCUGCCCCCGUCACACUGGAGGACAAGUCAGUGAAGGGUGCAUGUGUGUGUCUGAGCAAGUCCUGUAAUAAAGGCUCGGAGCAGCUCUCUGAGGGGGAGGCUGUGGCAGGGUGGUGGUGGGUGGUGCGGGUGCCUGAGAAGCAGCCACGUGAAGCAGCCUCUAGCCUCUGGGGUUGGCACCUGGCUCCUCCUAGCACCCUAGGGAGGUCGGGGAGCCCCAUGCAGGCACCCAGCCCUGGCAGCUAAGAGGCAGUGACCAGGAUGCAAGUUUCAGUGGCUGGUGGGGUGGCCUUGGCCUGUUUUUGCUGCUGGCAUGAGUACUGACUCCGGUUUCCUAAAUGGAACAGUGUAGGGGUGGAGCCUGCUCCCCCGGCAGGGGGCAGGCAGGGACCUGGGAAGGGGAGGGGCUGCAGAGGUGGCGGGGAGGCCACAGCUGGAAGGGAGGCAGCCACCAGAGCUGUGCAUAACCUGCUCUGAGCCCGGCUGGGCUGGGGCCUGUCCUUUUCACCCCACUUCUCCCCAGUUAACAGGGAGAGACUGGGCUUGCUGGGUGGGGUGCUGGCCGUGUGUUUGCUCAGGGCCUGGGCUGUUUGGGGUUCCCCAGAGGUGGGGUGACCAGCCCAAGUGGAGCUGAUUUUCAGUCAUUUCUUCCAGAGAAUUUGAUCCUGACUCUUUUGCUAAAGGCACUAGGAAGCCCCACCUGGUGUAGAAACCAGGCCCAGAAUGCAGCCUUUCGGUGCAACCCGCAUUCCCCAGGAAGUGACUAGAUUUGGGACCCAGUGAAGAUGAAGGACAGAGGGGCCAUGCCCUCCCCUGCUUUACUCACACCACAGACCCGGGCAGUGAUGGCUCCGUGGCCUUAGUCCCCAGGGAGGAAGGCAGCCAGGAUACGCACUUGGGCCCUGCCGUGUGCCCGUGGUCCUGGUCCUGGCAGAAGCGGGCUCACCCCCAAACCCCCUGAGUUUGGGGGUCCAGUCUGACUGGAGCUUCUGGGAAAACUGGACCAUAUGGGAUUGCGGCCUUUAGCUCCUUCUUCCUGGAUGAAGUGAUGCCUACACGUGUCCCGAUAAGGACGGCAGGGGCCGAGGACGAGUCUGGCUGCCGUCCCAGCCCUUGACUGGCCGCCCGGCCCUCCUGAGGUCCUUUGUCAUCUUUCUUAGAGCCGAGUGUGUUGUGAUAUGGCACCUCCCGGUGUCAGUUACGCAGGCUGGCUUCACACAGGAGGACGAUGAAUAAAUGUUGCCUGUCAUCUUUUGAACGCCCCGUCUCCAUAGCAACCACACGCUGGUGCUCCUUCCUUACAUUUCUGCCACUCCUCUCCUGCAAGAGUCCCCAGAGGCCCGGCCUGUGCCUCGUCUGCCCCAUGGCCUGGUGCUGAGUUAGCCCCAGUGAGGGUGUGAUGCCAGAAUGCACGUGACCCGUGUUGCUGGGGCCUAAAGAUCGAGCUCGUCCGUCCCGGUCGGAGGUGUUGGCUUCCGGGAUGUUUUCACUCCGGGCACAGGGCCAGCUUUGCACCUCAGUUGCCCUUGGGGAGAACUGGUGGACUUGGAGUCCAGUGCGGGGGGGUGGGGGGGGCUGCUGGCUGGGAGGUCCUCCUAAAGCACCCCUUCCCCGCCCUGUGCUGCGGACUAGCCCAGGUGCAGACGCACGCACCCCCUUUACUGUCGCCCAGUCUAGACACAGCUCUGCUUGACGGGUGGGGGCAGCAACGGAACUGCGGAUUACAGCCCUCAGGCGCCGGUUUAGGCACGUUUCCACAGCUUCGCGCGUCUUCACAGGGGCCCUGGGGUUAUCACAGUAACUUGGUUGCUCAAAUUCACAACAGUAAAAUGACAGCGGCGGGAUUAAAUCCAGGGUGGUCUGCUGUGUUACAGCCGGUCCUCAUUCAUUCAUGCAUUCAUUCAGCAUCUCUUCUGAAGCGUCUUCCACAUGCCAGACAUCACGCUAGAGUUUGGGGCCUCGAAAGAUAGCGAGGCAUGCACGGUCCAGCCGUGGCCAUCAGCAAGGUGAACGCGCCCAGCAUAGAACAGGGCUCAGGGCCCUGUGUGACCCUUGAGGUCAGGGGCCUUCUCUUCCCACCACCUCCCCCUUUUUUUAAGUAGGCUCCACACCCAACAUAGAAAUGAGGUAAAGAAUCCCAUCUUCUACCACCUGAGCCAGCCAAGCACCCCAGGGCCCUUUUAAUCCCUUUGUAUUCCUGGAGGGAAACUGCCUCUUUAAACAAAAUAAAAAUGAAAGACCUAUGUAA